AUGAGAAAAGCAGAGAAGUGUAGCAGAGACCUCUGGGCAGCAUUACUUGAAUAUCAUAAUACCCCUACAGAAGGGAUGGAAUCGAGCCCAGCUCAAAGAAUGAUGAGCAGACGAACAAAGGGAUUCUUUCCAACAACAGAAAAUCUUCUCAAGAGACACACCCAGGAUGACAUGGCCAAUAUACAAGGAAACAAAAUAAAACAACAAAAAACCUAUGACAAAACAGCCAAGGAUUUGAGAGAGUUGCAACAAGAAGAUAUGGUGAUGAUUGAACCCUUUGGUUAUGGCAAACAGUGGCAAAAGGCAACCGUGACAAAACAAAUAGGACCAAUAUCAUAUGAAGUAGAGACAACAAAAGGUACCAAAUUGAUCAGAAACAGAAAACAUCUGAGACAAAUGAAACAGAACACAGUCAAAAAUCAGCAGAAGCUGAGCCAAGUGAUUGGUAAAGGCAUGACAGGAGUAGACUUGCCAAUGACAAGAACACCAAGUCAAGAAAGGACACAACAGCAGCAGGCCAAUCCUAAACAGACUCAGAGAAGUAGUGGUAGAAUAACUAAAAUGCCAGCAUAUUUAAAGACACUACGUUGUUGUUCUGUAGCGAAGACUACGGAGACUGACACAGACACUUGUGAGCUAGCGUUGUCUGCUGACUCAAAUCGCAACGUUGAGAUUGAUGGUGUGCGUAUUACUAUCAGACCCAUGCUAACCACGUCACAGAAGAACUUCAAGCAGCUCAAUCAUUGCAAGACCAUUACUUCUCAGAGCAAUACGCAACCACAAUGUACCAUCACGAGAGAGGAUGUUAGUCUGCCAGGAAGUCGUUGUUUUCUUCUUCAUGGCCUGUUAACAGCAGAAGAGUGUCGUUUCUACAUCGACGAGACGGAGAGAGUUGGCUAUUCGAGUCUCACCAAUCUUUUUGAGACUGAAUGUCGUUCAAAUGACAGAUUGUUGUCAAUUAGUGAAGAGCUGGCUGCCGGAAUUUACAGUCGCCUGGAGCCUUACUUGGAGCGUAGAGACAUUCUCCGCAUUCGACCAGUGGGAUUUGGUAAUCAGGGCACUUGGAAACCGAGCAGACUUAACGAAUGCUUCAAAUUUGGAAAAUAUGAACCAGGUGGACAUUUUAGUCCCCACUUAGAUGGACCAUGGGUUCCUCGUGAGGAUGAGAGCUCAGUGUACACAGUAGUUAUCUAUUUGAAUGAUAACUAUGAAGGUGGCAAUACAAAAUUAUCGCCUCCUACUGGCCAAGUUGUUUACACUGUGACUCCUAAACAAGGUUUAGCAUUGGUGUUCAAUCAUGAUACUCUUCAUGAAGGAACACAAGUGAUCACUGGGACAAAGUGUAUAAUUAGAACAGAGAUCAUGUUUUAUCGUGUUGACACAGAUAUGAUUCCUGACCCUUUGUCUUAUAAAAGUGACGAAAACUAUGUCGAGACAUUGGCGCUAUAUGUGAAAUCACAUGAUCUAGAGCAAGUGAUCAUUGUUAUGAAUGUAUCUGGUAAUACCUCUGGUUUUACCGAUAGCUAUUUGAAAGCGUUGAAACUUCAAAUUGAGGCUCAACGGUCAGUUGGAGCUGAUGCAGAAGCACUCAGUACAUGGGCUCUUCCUUACGAGUUAUAUGUUUAUGUGUUCUCAUAUCUCCAGCCUUCUGACUUGUGCAGAUGUAUGACAGUAUGAAAGGAUUGGUAUGAUGUAGCAAUGGAUGGACAACUGUGGUUUGAUUUGCAUCGAUUACGAUGGCCAAUAGAUGUUAAUGUUGAGAAGUUUUUGGAUGCAGUUAAACACAAGAUGCCAAGUGCAUUUACAAAGGAUUGGCAUGGUUGCUACAAGCAACGAGCCAUCAACGCUAAAGAAUACAGAGCUGUUGUG